CGGGAGAGUCACCCCCCCUUUCUUUCAUAAUUGUGCUGGCACCCGCCCGGGGACAUACACACACGGUCACAGCUGCCCUGGGCCCGGCCGCCUUGGCCCGCCAUGGACGCCCUGCUGUGCCCCACCUGCCGCGGCCCCCCUUUCUUCCUCGCCCUGUGGAUCUUUCUGAGUCUGUCAGAAGCUGGGGCCCAGGCCAAGGACUGUCCGGUGUGGUGUCCUCAGAACUCCCACUGUGUCAACACCUCCUGUCGCUGCCUGCCGGGCUUCCAGUCCUUUUCUGGGCAGAUUGACCUCAAUUUACCUAAUGACAACUGUGACGACAUCAAUGAGUGUAGACCCUCCCAGCCAGACUUGUGUGGGGCAAAUGCAGACUGUGAGAACACGGACGGGGGCUUCCAGUGCGUAUGCAUCCCCGGGUUCGAGCUGGAAUCCGGGGGGACGACGUUCAGGAACAAGAGCGAGAACACCUGUCAAGAUGUGGAGGAAUGCAAGAAGAACCCCGGAAUCUGUAAGAACCGCAAGAUCUGUGUCAACACCCACGGGAGCUAUGUCUGCAGGUGUCAGCCUGGCUUUGAACCUGAACCCGGGGACCCGAAGAGCUGCAAAGAUGUGGACGAAUGUAAAUCUGGGCGCCGCCCCUGCCACCCCUCCACCCACUGCCUCAACAAAGUGGGGGGGUUCGAGUGCCGCUGCCGCCCCGGCUGGAAGCCGGCACCUGGGUCCCCCGAAGGCCCCAACACCACCAUGUGCGAAGACCUGGACGAGUGCAGCUCAGGGCGGCACCAGUGUGACAACUCCACCAUCUGUCUCAACGCUCAGGGCUCCUACCGCUGCACCUGCCGUCCGGGCUGGACCCUCAAACCCGGGUUCCAGAACAACAGGACUGACACCGUCUGUGAAGAGGUCACCUUUCCAGCCUGGACCCCGCCCCCUGGGAUCAAGAGCCAGAAUCUCUCCCGCUUCUUUGAGAAAGUCCAGGAUCUGAGCAGAAAUUUCCAGCCGUCCAAGGUCCAGGGCAUCAUGAAGAAACUCAUCGGGGCGGUGGACGAGCUUCUGAGAGACUCCGGGGACCUGGAGGGCCUGCCCAAGGUGGACCGCUACCGUGUGGCCACCUUCCUGCUGUCCGGCCUGGAAUCCGCUCUGCGGGACCUGGCGACAGCCAUGCCUACAGGAAGCCUCACCUACCUGUCUCCUUCCCAGACAGAGCUGUCCUUGAAAAUCCAGGAGCCGAGAUCCGGCAACGUCACGCUAAGCCACAGCCACGCACAAAUGCUCCUGGACUGGACCGUGGCGUCUGCAGCUGGGGACUCGAAGCCCGCGGUGGCCGGCCUGUUGUCCAGCCGGGGCAUGCACAGGUUGGUGAAGGGCGCUGAGCUACAGCUGGACCGCCGGAAGUUAGCGGACCUUCAGGAGACCCACCGGAGUCCCGUGCGGGGCGUGGACGAGAUCAAGCUGCUCUCUGCCGUCAACUCUGUCUUUCUGAGCAACCGGGACACACGGGAACUCGCCACGCCCGUCCUCUUCGCCUUCGCCCAUGACAGGGACGCGCCCGGGACGCGGCAGGAGCGGCUGUGCGCCUUCUGGAAGGCGGACCCCGACAGGGGCGGCGGCUGGGCCACCGAGGGCUGCGAGACGCUGGGCGGCAGCGACAGUAGCACCACCUGCAGGUGUCAUCACCUGAGCAGCUUCGCCGUGCUCAUGGCGCACUACGACGUGCAGGACCCGCAGCUGGCGCUCAUCACCAAGGUGGGGCUGGGGCUGUCGCUCGUCUGCCUGUUGCUGUGCAUCCUGACCUUCCUGCUGGUGCGGCCCAUCCAGGGCUCCCGCACCACCGUGCACCUGCACCUCUGCCUCUGCCUCUUCGUGGGCUCCGCCGUCUUCCUGGCGGGCGUGGAGAAUGACGGCCGCGGCCAGGUGGGGACGCGCUGCCGCGUGGUGGCCGGGCUGCUGCAUUACUGCUUCCUGGCCGCCUUCUGCUGGAUGAGCCUGGAGGGGCUGGAGCUGUACUUCCUGGUGGUCCGCGUGUUCCGCGGCCAGGGGCUGGCCAAGCACUGGCUGCUGCUGCUGGGCUACGGCGUGCCGCUGUUCGUCGUGGGCGUCACGGCCUCCGUGAGCCGCGGCGAGGCCUACGGCCGCUCGGACUGCUGCUGGCUGAACCUGGAGGACGGCUACCUCUGGAGUUUCGUGGGCCCCGUGACGGCCAUCGUGCUGGGCAACGCCGUCAUCUUCGUGGUCACCGUGUGGAAGCUGGCGCAGAAGUUCUCGGAGAUCAACCCCGACAUGAAGAAGCUCAAGAAGGCCCGGGCGCUGACCGUCACGGCCGUGGCGCAGCUGGUGGUGCUGGGCUGCACCUGGGGCUUCGGCCUCUUCCUGUUCGAGCCCGAGAGCUGGCACAGCCGCCUGCUGGCCUGCGCCUUCACGCUGCUCAACUGUCUGCAGGGCCUUUUCCUCUUCCUGCUGCACUGCGCGCUCAACAGGAAGGUGCGGGAGGAGUACCGCAGGUGGGCGUGCCGCCUGGUGGGCACCAAGUACUCGGAGUUCGCCACGUCCACCACCGGCUCCAGCCAGAACCAGACUCAGACGCGGGUCCACAGGCCCUCCGAGUCCGGCAUGUGAAGGCCGCUGCGCUUCUGCACCACCUCCCGCCUCGCACCCUCGUCACCUGCCAAGUUGGGGGCCCCUGGGCCGGGCCUGCAGGGGAGAGGAGCGGCCACAGACCUGCCCACGGCUGCUCCCGCCUGAAGAUAGGGG